AUGGCAUCCCUGCGUGGCUGGCCUCUCCACCAAUUGGAUGUGAACAAUGCGUUUUUGAAUGGCGACCUUAAUAAGGAGGUGUUCAUGUCCUUGCUCCUGGUUUCGGACAAAAGGGGGAGAAUCGGUCGUCAAGGCAACUUGCUAGUAUUGCUUGUAUAUGUUGAUGACGUCAUACUAGCAGGGAACAAUUUGGAGGAUAUAGAGAACACGAAAUUAUUCUUGGCCAAGCAAUUCAAGCUUAAGGAUUUGGGGCAAUUGAAGUAUUUCCUAGGCAUCGAAGUUGCCAGAUCACGGCAUGGAAUCAGUUUGUCGCAACGUAAGUAUGCCUUGAAAAUUUUGGAUGAUGCUAGAUUUUUAGGUGUCAAACCUUCUCGGUUCCCUGUGGAACAGAAUUUAUCACUCACACAGUUCAAUGGAAAGUUAUCAGAUGAUGCUUUGACAUACAGAAGAAUGGUUGGGAGGUUGAUAUAUUUGACCAUAACUAGACCAGACCUGACUUAUGCCGUACAUGUACUGAGCCAGUUCAUGGAUAAGCCACAACAACCGCAUUUGGAAGCAGCCCAUAAAGUGCUUAAGUACAUUAAGCAAACACCGGGUCAAGGUAUCCUACUACCAUCUACAGGGUCACUCCAAUUGUGGGCAUUCUGUGAUGCCAAUUGGGCACGUUGUAAAGACACAAGGAGAUCAAUCGCGGGAUACUGUAUUUUACUUGGGCAAGCACCGGUCUCUUGGAAGACUAAGAAACAAACAACGGUAUAG